UCAGCAAGAAAAUGCAUCAAAUCGAGGGCAUUCAUGCACGCACACAACGUAAGACUCUAGCUAAAAAGUUGUAUAGGCAUAAAACCUAACCUUUUAUCCUCUCCAGUCCUCAUCGUGCAGGUUUUAGCAGAUAGCAUCCUUCAUCCAUCAAACAUCUUCCAUCAAAAGCUUCCACUCUCUGCUCAAGCACCAGACACUGAAACCUAAUGAACCUUGUUGAGAAGGAAUCUGACUCCAUAAGCCUAUCUAACUGCCCUGGAGAAGGACUUACAUUUGGAGUCUGUUAACAGGUAAUGGUUUAAGAUCAUGGCUGAACAAAGGCAACGGGCCCUGUCCACAUCAGGAGAGGCCCUGUACCAGGUUCUUGGCCUUGACAAGAACUGCACUCAUGAUGACAUCAAGAGGUCCUACAGGAAGCUCGCUUUGAAAUAUCAUCCUGACAAGAACCCAGAGAACCCCGAUGCCACUGACAAAUUUAAAGAGCUCAACAAUGCUCAUGCGGUGCUGUCUGACGUCACUAAAAGGAACAUUUAUGACAAGUACGGCUCCCUGGGUCUGUAUGUGUCGCAGCAGUUUGGGGAGGAGAAUGUGAACACAUACUUUAUGCUCUCCAGCUGGUGGGCAAAGGGUCUGUUUGCCAUCUGUGGCUUGCUGACAGGUUGCUAUUUCUGUUGUUGUCUGUGCUGCUGUUUCAACUGCUGUUGUGGGAAGUGCAAACCGCACACACCUGGAGAAGAGGACCCGGCGUUCUAUGUGUCUCCCGAAGACCUGGAGGAGCAGAUCCGUACGGACAACGAGAGAGAUGGCGACACUCCGAUUGUGAUGCAGCCAACCAAUGCUAGUGAGAAGACCCAGCUGAUCGGUGAUGGACACAGAACAUAUACCUAAAUGGAAAAAAGUGACGAUAGAUAUUAAUUUUAAAAUUCUUUUUGAAUAUAUUGGUGUCUUUUACAAUAUACUGUUUAUGUUAGGACUGAGAAAGCUAAAAAUACUCAACUUCUUAAGCUUUGUUUAGCCAUGCUGUCUGUAAAUAACAGAUAUUAUAUUAU